CCUCCUCCUUUCGGCUUCUUACGUUUUCCACACAGUACUUUUAGAAGCUCUCGUCUCCUUCCCCACGCCUCCAUUCCUCGCAAUCAUUUGCCUUUCUCUCUCUCUCUCUCUCUCUCUCUCGCUGCCCCUCCUUCCCUUCGCUCGCUUCAAUGACUAUUUAACUCCUUUGCACCAUCUCACCAUAUAAUUCUGUUCUCUCCUUUGUACCUCUACCAUCAUCUCAUGUGCCUCCACGCCUGCUCCUCGUCUUCUCCUUAGCCCCCUUGGUGGCUUACUUCUUCAUCGUCGACAUCGAACUAUGGGGUUGGAGUUCGACGCCCAGGAAUCGCCACCCCUCGCGCCGAUCCGGACCACCGGGAUCGACGCCAAGCCGGCCGAAGAAGAGGUGUCCGAGUCCACCGACAACGGAGAGGCGGAGUGCGUUACACCAAAGUCGGAACAGCCCGUGUGCCAGCCGGCGCUCCCACCGGCCCCGAGGAAACCCCGGCCGGCGAAGAGGAAGCUCGGGCCUCCACCCAAGGGUUACUACCCCGUCCCCAGCGACCUCGCCUCGGUCUUCAUCCCGCUGCCAUGCCCUGGACGCAAGAAAAUUCGUGCCGGCUGAUCGAGUCCUCCCAGAGAUCUUGUAAUUUCUAUAUCUCUUCUCACGACCAAGACAACAUCUUUCCAUCCUUUUCUUCCUUGUGAAAAUAAUACAGUGUGUCCUUAAAAUCAUGGUGACGACAUAUAUAUCGUUAUUAUACGUGGCUUGUCGAGCGAUGUAUAGUUGUUGUCCAUUUUAUCCAAAUAAGGGAUUUAGCUGUUCGCAUUUCAAUCAUGGGUUUCUUUCAGAAUCAA